GAUUUCCGGAAACGAGGCGACCCAUAGCUCGGGUGCCCGCAUCGGUCAGAAGCCGUACAAUGAGCGAUGUCUUGUUCAAAGUCCAAAUUUCACUCGUCGCGUCUAAUAUUUACAGGGGACAUGGGCGACAAAAAGAUUCUGUGUGCCGGUUUGGUGUGUCUGGAUAUUAUCAACGUGGUGGACAAAUUCCCGGAAGAGGACACUGACAGCAGGUGUUUGUCCCAGCGCUGGCAGCGAGGCGGAAACGCAUCCAACUCGUGCACUGUUCUAUCUCUUCUUGGUGCUCCGUGCGGGUUUAUGGGAUCCCUGGCCCAUGGGCCAGUGGCAGAUUUCAUUGUGGGGGAUUUCACCAAGAGAGGGGUGGACAUUUCUGCCGUGGCUUGGCAACAGGAGGGGGAGACCCCUUGUGCAUGUUGUGUGGUGUGUCCUGCCAGCGGUUCACGCACGGUCUUGCUCUCAGACAUGAACCUGCCUGAUGUAACAGCAGAUGACUUCUCCAAGGUGGACCUGAGUCAAUACAAAUGGAUCCACUUGGAGGGCCGAAAUGCAGACGAGCAGGUGAAGAUGAUCCAGAAGGUGGUGCUCUAUAACAGCAAAUUGCCAGAGGAACAUAAAAUCACCAUCUCGGUGGAGAUAGAGAAGGUCAGAGAGCCUCUCUUCCAGCUGUUUCCCCAUGGUGAUGUGGUGUUUGUCAGUAAGGACGUGGCCAGGCACUUUGGGUUCUGCUCGGCUGAAGCUGCGCUGAAAGGCCUCUACAGCAAAGUGAAGAAGGGGGCUGUCUUGAUCUGUGCCUGGGCAGAGAAAGGGGCGGAUGCCAUGGGUCCUGAUGGGGUAGCUGUUCAUUCAGAUGCUUUUCCUCCGGAGGCUCUGGUUGAUACUCUGGGAGCUGGGGACACUUUCAACGCAGCGGUGAUCUUCACCCUGUCUAAUGGUGGAAGUUUAAAGCAUGCCCUGACCUUUGGCUGCCAAGUGGCUGGGAGGAAAUGUGGUGUCCAUGGUUAUGAUGGCAUCGUGGCAAAGUAAUGUGACAAAAAAAAAAAAUCAAAACGGAACAACUGAAAAUGAACAAAGACAACGAGCCAUCAGAAAAAUAAAAACCAACAUUUCGUGCACAAAGCUGUGUUGAAAAGGAGCCCGCCUAUGCUGUGAUGAAGGAAAGCCAGGGCCUUCAUGUGUAAUAUAUGCUGCUGAUGGAAGGUAUCCUCUUAAUUGCUUUGAUUUAGUGGAGUUUUCUGGUGCAAUUAAACCAAUUUAUUCAGCCUACAAACACAAACUCAUCCUCUCUCUGAAUAAGCAGACUGAUUCAUUCAGCACCAAGUUUCACUCCAUCAAACUGUGACGUGUCUUCAGUGCAAGUUGUGCUGCAAAGUAGUGAUGCAUGGUUAUAUUGUGUGCUAGGAACAGACAGAUUAACUUCCACUGCUGCUGCUACUGCCUUUUAAUUGAAUUCACCUUUUACUCUUUUCUCUUACUCUUUUCUUUUAAUUUUUAAAGACUUUUAUUUUUAAUGACUUUUCUUUUAAUUUCAAUUCACCAUGUUUACUUGUCAAUGUUACAUUGAACACACAGCAAGCCCCAUCUUGUAGAGGAGAACAAUGGAGACUCAGCUGGGUCUAGGUUAAGUUAUCUCAAAAAUUUACAGUAUGGCUAAUAUAUCAAAUUAAAUACG